AUGAAUCUAAAUAGGUUGUCUUCGUACUUCAUUCUCAUUUGUCCCGAAGCCCCGUCAGGUCUUUUUGUCUCAUCCGUAACCCACGUCUCUGUCAGCCUAACCCUCACAUCGCCAUCGAGUCCCCAUGAUGGGUACGAGCUCUACAAGCUCGAUCCAACUGAUAACCACAGGGCACUUGUUUCAAACUUAACGCGGGAAAAUAAUGGAAUGAUUUAUGAGACGGAUAUCGUUGGACUGGUCCCUGCGACACUUUACAACGUAGAGGUCGGGACUUUCCUCAACGCAGAAGGAUCAUUUCCGAUGCAGAGGAGUGAAGAAAAUGCAACAGUGACAUUUAUGACUGGGAAUGCCGGCGUUCAAUCUCCCGAGUCUACGAUGCUCCUUAUCUCUCUUUUGGCAUAUCUGGCAACAGUCCUCUUGAUCUAAGAUCAAUCCCCUAAGUCUAUGACGUUUCUCAUCUGUCUUCUGGCAACAAUCUUCUUGAUCUAAGAUCAGUUCCCCGAGUCUACGGCGCUCUUCGUCUCUCUUCUGGCAGCUGUCUUCUUGAUCUGAGAUCAAUCCCUUGAUUCGACGAUGCUUCUCACCUAUCUUCCGGCAACAGUCUUCUUGAUCUAAGAUCAGUUCCCCAAGUCUACGACGCUCAUCGUGUCUCUUCUGACAGCUGUCUUCUCGAUCUAAGAUCAAUCCCCCGAGUCUACGACACUCUUCCUCUCUCUUGUGACAGCUGUUUUCUUGAUCUGAGAUCAAUAUCCCGAUUUGACGACACUCAUCAUCGCAAGUCUUCUCGAUCUAAGAUCAGUCCCCCGAGUCUACGACACUCUCUGUCUCUCUUCUGGCAGCUGUCUUCUAGAUCUAAGAUCAAUCCCCUGAUUCGACGACGCUUCCCAUCUAUCUUCUGAUGGCUGGCUUCUAAAUCUUGGAUCAGUUCUCUGAAUGUACGACGCUCAUCAUAUCUCUUCUGACUGCUGCCUUCUUGUUCUCACUCACCAGUCUUUAUUAGACAUAUUGAUGUUAGUGAAUGUGUAUGACAAUCUAUCGAAUCAAUAACAUGGAGAAACCAAUCUAAAGAUACCUCAUAGAUGUGUCUGCCGGUCAGAAGUAAAGUUCUUAUGUUCAGUGCCGGAGCAGUCUGGCGGCUGUUGCCCCAAACCUCUAAUUUAAUCUUGGACAAAGUUUGCAAAUAACGUCAAACCAACGGGCUUUCAUUAUUUCCAAAUUCUUAUAAACACACAGAGCUUCAAGUAAAUGAUACUAAAAACAUAGACCUACAGAUAGCUAGUUUUUAGUACUAUUUAAGAUUGUUUCAUUCAUAAAUGAUUUGUA